CAUCCCUCAGCGGCGCCACGUCUGUCUUUUCCUCUGCUAGCCGCAUCUUUCUCUGCUCCAUUGCGUCCUCCUCUCUCUCUUCCCCAAACUCCAUUCCCAAACCUCCUCAAUGGAAGCCUAGCACUGUGACUCUGUGUUUGCCUUUAAUUUGCUACACUGUUGUUGCUACGCGUGGGCUUUGGUAUGCCCUCCCUGCUCCGCUGUCCCUUGGUAUCUGCUCUGUUUUGUUGUCCCUCCCCAUUCACUCUGGUGUCACCGCCGCUCUAGUUUGUGAAUCUGUGAGGCUACUGCUCGAAGUUGAUAACAUCAAGCUGUGAUUCUGCUCCGCCAUCAUCUGCGCUAGGUUCUUCGUCCGUUGCUGAUGGUCAUUGGAUUUAUUCUCUUAAGUGGAGAAGAUGGUUGACUGAUUCUAUUACAUUGAAAAAAUCAGUGCAUUUAGGGCUUCAAGGUGUGGCUCUAGCUUCUGGAAUAUUUGGAAUUUGGAUUAAUUUUCAUGGGAAGGAUGGUAUUGUGGUCAAUUUCUAUAGUCUUCAUUCAUGGAUGGGUUUGAUUUGCACUUCCCUCUUUGGAACAGAGAAGAAGGACGAGCUACAUUGACGUGUGAUAAACACAUGGCUUCUUCCUCUUCCUCUUCCUCUCCAGCUCCGUUACAGACUACUAUGCUUCUUGGUUCGCCUAGUUUCCCAAACGCCAUUGCUUGGUCCCAAGACAACCUCCUUGCUGUUGCUACCACCCAUUUCGUUACCAUUCUUAGACCAGACAUGCCUCAUGGACCACGUGGAAUAAUCAAAAUCUCUCCAAUUGAGCCAUUCCUCUCUGGCUUUGUUGAAAGAAAAGAUUUAAUCUCUGGAUGCCUCCUCCCUAUUAGUUUGUACCGUGAUGAUAAGCCUGUUGUUCAGUCAAUAUCAUGGUCGCCACUUGGCAUUGCUUUGAAUUCAGGGUGCUUGCUGGCUGUUUGCACUAGCGAAGGACACGUGAAGGUUUAUCGUCCACCCUUUUGUGAUUUCUGUUCAGAAUGGAUUGAGGUUGUGAACGUUAGUGAACGGCUGUUUGAAUAUUUGCAAUGUACUGAGUUUCAAGGCACGGGGACUUCAUUAGAUUUUUCCAAAAGAAAUGCAUCAGAUGAAAUAGAUUCUGUGGCUAAACCUAAAAAGAAAUCCUUGAAAACAGUGCCCGAGAACCACACGUUGCCUGUGAUAAGUGCUGAUCAAUAUGCUACUCGCAGUGCAAUGCUAAGCUCAAUUGUUGUUUCAUGGUCUCCUUUACUGCAUGAUAUUCACGCUACUGUCAGCCUACUUGCUGUUGGAGGGAAGUCUGGUAAAAUUUCUUUAUGGAGAUUUUAUGCACCAGAUUGCUAUACUAUUGAGGGUGGAAAAAUCCCAUCUGCUGUGAAAUUUGUUGGAUUUCUUGAAGCACACAAUUCAUGGGUUACAACAAUAAGUUGGUUGUCAUUUUCUGUUAAUUCCUCAAAUCCACAAAUUUUAUUAGCUACUGGAAGCUCUGAUGGGAGUGUCAAGGUUUGGUUGGGUGACUAUCACAAAUUGAUUAAAUCAACAGAAGUGGAUCAGAAUGUGUUCAUUUUGUUGAAGGAGGUUAUAACUGUCAAUGUUGUCCCAGUUUCUGUACUUUCAGUAACUGUGCAUGUUCAAUGCUCUUCCAAGAUGCUUUUAGCAAUAGGCAAAGGUUCUGGCUCCUUUGAAAUAUGGCUAUGUGACAUAUCUUCUAAGGAAUUCAACAAGCUUGGUUCAUAUGAUGCACAUGACUAUAUCGUUACUGGCUUGGCAUGGGCAUUUGGUGGAAGAUGUUUGUACAGCUGUAGCCAGGAUAAUUUAGUGCGUAGCUGGAUUUUGCGCGAUAGAUGCCUAGAAGAAGUACCUGUUCAUAUGCCUCAUAAUAACAAUUCAUCCAGCGCUUCAAAUGAUGUAUAUGAUUCAUGCCUUGGUGCAGCAGUUUCACCUGGAAAUCUUGUUGUCGCUACUGUUCAUUGCUUUGAUGUUGAGAAACUGAAUCGAAUGUAUGAAGGAAGGGUACUGAGAGCAGCUAUUGAUUACCAUUGGAUUGGUGGGCUACAUGUGGAUAUUUGCUUGAAUCGUCCUGUUCCAUUUUACACUGAAGAACAUUCCGGUUUGGCAGAGAAAGAUUUAACCAAUUGGGGUUCCAAUAUCAUAUGGUCUUUGAACCAAUAUCAGUGUCUUGAUAGGCCCCUAGUUCUUUUGGAUAUAAUUUUGGCAUUAUUGGACUUCAAGGUCAGCAUGCCAAGAUAUGUAGAGCAUUUACUCAUCAAGUGGAUCUCUCUGUCUUUUCCGGGAUUUCAUACGGACCUUCCCAGUGAAAAGACUUUACUGCAGGUCUCUUCAAGUUUGUCAGGUGUUCCUUCUCGCAUGCUACACUUGCUCAAUAUAAUUUGUAGACGAGUAAUGUUGGCGCAGCUGGAUGCUGAUGAAAUCACACGAAUAUCCAGCGAAGUUCAAAACACUAAAGGGGAAUGCUGUUCUAUGGACGAACAAGUAACCAAGUGGAUAGCAAUUCUUGGAAGCAGUGAAAGAGAACUCCGUGAAAGGCUUGUUGGUUUUAGUUUUUGUGCUUCUCAAACUAGCAAGUCCCGUCCAGGGGCAACUCCUUUCCAAACCGGUCAUUGGUAUCCUGUUGGACUAGCACAAAUGGAACAAUGGAUUGCGCUAAACAACGAUCAUGUACGUGGCGAGUUGAAAUCCAUUGCAUCAGAGGUUACCAAUGAGAAAAGUAGAUGUUCAGCUCUGGAGUCAUGCAGUUAUUGUUCAGCAUCAGUUCCAUUUGAGUCCCCAGAGUUUGGUUUAUGUCAAGGCAAAACUUCAGGCAGUGGCAGCAAUGAUAAGCGGCAUAAGUUAUCAAGAUGCGCCGUUAGUAUGAAGGUUUGCCCUAGUAUCCCACUGUGGUUUUGUGUGUGUUGCCAUAGGGUGGCGUUUAGGUUGGCGCCUGACCCACUUUUUGGAAUGUCUUCGUUUCAGUUUGAUUCUGAUUUUGUAACCAAAUCUUUGUCUCGAGCAGUUUCCUCAAAACCAUUGUGUCCCUAUUGUGGGAUAUUGCUACAGAGACGUCAACCUGAUUUUCUAGUUUCUCCAUUACCUGUAUGAGAAGACUUGAAUUGUUAACAAAUGUGAUCAUUUAAUUUAACUUUAAGAGGAUGUCAUGCAGUCAUGCUGUUAUAGUAACUUGAACUUUGUGGCAUUCAAUAAUGUGGACUUUGGUUUA